GUUGUCUGGCCGCUGUGAUUGCCCGCACUCAGUCUGAUAAACAGCUGCUUACCAUUAAGGGCACUUCACUGAAGUUUUCUCCCAGCUCCUCGAAUCGGCAUUUUUUCCCCCGUUUGUGUGUCUGUGUGCGCGUGUUGUUUCUAACGUCCUGUGUCUGUGGAUGUUCACAUAUAGAAAGUCUGCAACGCUGGAAGCUCAAAUCCGGAUUCUAGGUUUGCGUAAUGCUGAGGCGUCCUCUGUUCAACAUCUGGAUUAACUAUUUGGAGUCAGAGCUAGCGGGCCCUACACGAAACUCUGACUGUCCAGCCUAUCUUUAUGGAAAGAUUGCCAUUUUCUCUGGAAUUUAACUCCUAUUGAUAAACCGGGUUUUGUGCAUAGAUUAUGUAUUCUCUAAAAUGGGUGCGAACAAUGGAAAACUGUAUGGAAGCGAGGGUAAAGGGAGCUCAAGCAUCUCUUCUGACAUAAGUUCGAGCACAGAUCACACACCAACUAAAGCUCCUAAGAAUGUGGCUACCACCGAAGAUUCCAGCACACGGACUCUGAGCACCCCCAGCCCUGGUCUUAUCCUACCAUCCAAGUCCUCCUCUCUCUCCUCACCUGCCCUCUCCAGUAAUGGCCAUGAGACCAACUCCUCUUCCUCCUCCUCUGCCCCCGCCGAGACCGUCGCCGUGGUCCACUCUCAACCCGGCACUCACACGCGCUCCCGCCAGUCGAAAAGCCACCACCACGCCCCAAUUGACCUCCUCCCCGACCACGCCCUUCUGCAGAUCUUCUCCCAUCUCCCCACCAAUCAGCUGUGCCGCUGUGCACGCGUGUGCCGCCGCUGGUACAAUCUGGCGUGGGAUCCGAGGCUGUGGAGCACCGUCCGGCUAACGGGAGAGCUGCUUCAUGCCGACCGUGCCAUCAGGGUCCUGACCUACCGGCUGUGCCAGGACACCCCGAACGUGUGUCUGACCCUGGAGACGGUGAUGGUGAAUGGCUGCAAAAGGCUCACCGACCGGGGGCUGCACGUGGUGGCUCAGUGCUGCCCGGAGCUGCGUCGCCUGGAGGUAGCCGGCUGUUAUAACAUCUCUAACGACGCUGUGUUUGAGGUGGUGUCCCGCUGCCCCAACCUGGAACACCUGAACCUCUCAGGCUGCUCCAAGGUGACAUGUAUCAGUCUUACUCAAGAGGCCUCACUCCAGCUGUCCCCUCUACAUGGCCAGCAGAUCUCCAUUCACUACCUGGACAUGACCGAUUGUUUUUCCCUCGAGGAUGAGGGUUUGCGAACUAUCGCCUCCCACUGCCCCCGCCUAACACACCUGUAUUUGCGUCGCUGCACCAGACUGACGGAUGAAGCCUUACGCCACCUGUCUCUCUACUGCCCUGCGAUAAGGGAGCUAAGUCUUAGUGACUGCCGCUUGGUUGGGGAUUUCGGCCUGCGUGAAGUCGCCCGCCUUGAGGGCUGCCUGCGCUACCUGAGUGUGGCCCACUGCACCCGCAUAACUGAUGUGGGCAUGCGCUACGUGGCUCGCUACUGCCCAAGACUGCGCUACUUAAACGCCAGGGGUUGCGAGGGGCUGACAGAUCACGGCCUGAGCCACUUGGCCAGGAGCUGCCCCAGACUCAAGUCUCUGGAUGUGGGUAAGUGCCCGCUUGUGUCGGACAGCGGACUGGAGCAGCUGGCUAUGUACUGCCAGGGCCUGAGGCGAGUGAGCCUCAGAGCCUGCGAGAGCGUAACAGGCAGAGGACUCAAAGCUCUGGCGGCCAACUGCUGCGAGCUGCAGCUUCUCAACGUGCAGGACUGCGAGGUUUCGCCAGAGGCUCUGCGGUUUGUUAGACGCCACUGCCGGCGCUGUGUCAUCGAGCACACAAACCCCGCUUUCUACUGAGACAGGAAGUUCUUGGACUGGUCCUCUGACAAAUGGAUGUUUUAAUAUUCCUGCUGCGGAGUUGGCAGAGUUCAGCGGCUGAUGUGUCAGAACUGGUUGAAAACUGGUGUGCAAUAUGGGCCAGAAUUUGUCUCUUUAAAACCGCUCGGUGGCUGUUACCGCUGUCCUUUGAAAAUACUUCCAUAGAAUGUAUUUAACAUAUUUAUCUGUAAAAAGGUAGAGAAGUGCAGUACUUCAGCAUAUUACUUUUUUCAACACCACAAUUUACCAUGUAACAACAUGCUUCAACACUGAGCACUGGGUACAGUUGUGUUACCAUUUAAAAGCAUUGCAAUAUAUUUUAUUUGAAAGGUCAUCACCUUAAGGCCCUGAAACAUAACCAUUAUCAUACCUUACUACAUCUAUUUAUAAACAGCAAGUAUCUUCAGACGAAACCACUAAGAAUGUAGCUACGAAGCAGCAACUAAAGCAGAUCUGGUGAUUAAAGAUAUCUUCAGUUUCACUUGCUUUAUGUUUUGUGCAUAUGCACUUUAGGCAGUAGUGCUGACAAUCACUUCAACUGAGCUCAAAGUGUCAUCAUUUGCUAAGAACUGAUUUGCUGUAAAUUAAAAGUUACUAUUAGCCAGAGGACUUUUACCGCCAAAUACAAACAAACUGUUAUGGGAUCGUUGUUGAAAAUAAAUAAGAACACAUUGCUGCUACAACUGUGCCAAUAAACUUCUUCAAAAUCUGCCGCCACAACUGUGAGUGUUUUACUCAAACCCUCAUUACUGUCUUAAAGGAUUUAUGCCUGCACAUGUUGGUGAGUCAUUACAGUAACCGAGGAUUAUCUUGGAAUGCAAUAUAUGGAUUUGUAAAAUGUAUUCCUCUUUAAAAAAUGACGUGUGUGGGUUCUACAGGGCAGCAAAAGGUGUAUCCUGCUUUCAGGCCAUUGGCUGAAUUAAACCUGCUUGUAAUUUGAUGCGCA